GCCAAUCGGAAAUAACGCGCAUCAUCUGGGCCUAGCGGCCCAUCCCCGCCACGUUCAUUUCCACGGACGCGUACCCGCUGCAAUGCCAAUGACGUGAACAUGCACGCGUCGAAACCCUUUGCAAUACCGUCUGUCUAGCUUACCUGCACGAGCCCACGAUUUUCUGUCCAACAAAAUUGCGCAACUCUCCACCGACACAUUCGUUGCUAUCUAUCCAUUGUGUUAUCUGACGAGACUUUGAGCGGCAACCCUCGUUUGGGGCUGUUCGCAACUUCGUUCCACUCCCACUUCGAUGCUUUGUUCCAAGUGUACCAGCAUCCAUUUCAGGCAUAUCGAAGCAUGCCCUCCAGCUGUACAGCAACUCCAGGUACCAUUACUUGGUUAUAUGAAAGACAUUAAAAAUGAUCACAUACUGUUCUUCCAACAUUCGUGCAACCUUCAGUGUUUGCAACGUACUGCUGACACCGGUUGUCAAUUCUGUCUCAAGAUUCAAGCACUAUUGCAGAUUGGUCGGCGUCUGCGAAAGAAAAAUGACACCGAGUCACGCAUCAUCCUCAGCAUUAGUCGGAAGCUCCAGGAAGAGACUCUGGCUUCGCUUGAAACAGCUGUCCUGAGUGUAUACUUUGAGGCGAUGGUUUACGGAUUCAGAUGCUUGGUACCUCGGAUGGCUGAACCGUUUUCAACCAUGGUGGCAACUCUAACCAAGUCGAGUAAACCAAAAUCGGACGCAUUAAGUGCAGAAGCAAUAGCCCAGCAAGACGAGGAACAACACAGCAACCACGAAUUCUCCCCAGAGUGCGACGCGUCAACUUUGUCAGAUGCAAACAUUGCCUUGGCUUCAGCAUGGCUCAAGACAUGCUCGGAAACCCACACUGCCUGUCGAGACGCUAUAUCCGCCUCGUAUUUACCCACGCGCCUAAUCAACAUUGUCAAUCCAAGCCAUCCCUUUCUAGAAGACAACGAGGUGGUUAGCAUACGUUCAUACGCCACGCUGAGCUAUGUAUGGGGUAACGUCACGAAAAGAUACGUAACUAACUCUGGAAAUUUCGAGCAGCACUACAACUCAAUCCCACGAUGUGACCUUCCGAAAACCUUCCAGGAGGCCAUUGACCUCGCUUCUCGAUUGGGGUUUAAACAUAUCUGGAUAGAUGCCCUAACGAUCAUCCAGGACUCAGUCGAGGACUCACGCACAGAGAUUGCACGAAUGGGCGAUGUAUAUAAACAGUCCGCGUUGACAAUAUUCGCUGGCGCUGGAGACAACGUUGAUGCGGGCCUGUCUAUGACACGAGAUCCCAGAUUGACCAAGCCUUGUCAACUGGACUUUGCAGCUACUAUUGGAGACGAGACGCAUCAAAUUUCAGCGUACGUGCAAUCCUUGCCCGAAAGAAGUCCGUGUCCGCUGGACACUAGGGGAUGGAUUCUGCAAGAGGAGGUGCUUGCGCCACGACAACUGGUUUUUCGGCAUUCAGAGAUGCAGUGGACAUGCCGGAGCUGUGAGCUGUCAGAAAGCAUGCCUACUACCCAUGCGGCAUCCCCUGAUACCCUCGACGACGUUAAAAAGGGCCUUGUUGGACGUAAACCUGAGAUGGUCACAACAUAUUUACCACUAUUGCAUUUUUGGCUGGACAGCACCAAUGCACCAGAGGUUUCACUCCACGCAACUAAAGGCCUAUUUGAAACAUGGUAUAGAGUCGUAGAAGCCUUUUCGCGCCGAUCCUUGAGCUAUAGUUCCGAUGUACUACCAGCUCUUGCCGGUCUUGCAACCAUUUUUGCAGCCAAUCACCAUAUCUUUUACCUGAAUGGGAUCUGGAAAGAAGAUUUUACAUCUGGUCUAUUAUGGGCCGUGCGUAGCAGUCGCAAGGACAAGCAUCCUGGCCCACAAGUACAAGAUUCAGUGACCAGGCUGUCGCUCUGCUCGAUCUCGUGGAGUUGGGUGUCUCAGUGGGGUGAGAACAUCAAAUUUGAACCCAAUAAGAAAGGGAAGCAAACACAUGUUCUUUACAGCAUCAAGGUGGAUGCUAUUACCAGCGAUGAGAACUCAGAGUAUGUUCAACCGACUAUGGACAUGCAAGGUAUAGUCAACAAAUCCUUGACACUGUAUGGGCGCUGCAUCGAUCUUGAGAUCGGCACGGUGUUGGUAACCAAAGAGAGAAAAAUGCUAUGGCAGAAGUCACGACAUACCGCAUUCCAUUACAACAAUUAUCUGGAAAUGGACUACAGUAAGCGAGCUAGGCCAGUCGUUGAGUCAAAGCGGCAGACAGCUUAUGGAUGGCUGCUUCUCGACUCUAGUCUUGUCGACACUCCGACAAACAACAUCAAAUUUUGCUUGUGCAAGGUUUUGGAUUCUGGAAAUCGAUCGAAAAAUACAGAAGAGUCCCAUUCCAGAACCUCGCAAGUCGGAAGCAUGCUACACAAAAGUAUCCUCUCCAAUUCGAGAUUACGCAAGGCGAAGGCACGCAUAGAAGAAUCGACUCAGCGGCCAGGACCAGCGGAGAAAGUCCAAGCUUGCUUUACAUUACUUGGGCUGGCCUUAGUCCCAACGGAUAGCGAUGGACAUUACAGAAGGGUGGGGCUCUUGAAGACUUGCAUCCAUUUCGACGAGGAGAUCACCAAAGUUCCAAACUUCGCUCCUUUGGAGCAUUUACCACAUCCUUGGCACCACGCCCAAGGAGAGACUUUCACGCUGGUAUGACAAGGUUACAGGUACC